UCGUCCCCUCCUCCCCUCGCGGUGCCGUCCUGCCCACCCCUCCCCUCUCCCCUGUCUCUCUCCUCGCUCCCCACGCCACGCAUCGCCUCGUCUCCUCGGAAGCCGGCAGCGCCCCGCGAGCACGGGAAGGGAGGGAGGAAGCGGAGGGAGCGGGGAUGAGGAUGCUGUCGAAGGCGUGCUCGAUCGUGGCCUCCUCCCUCCCGCGCUGCUCCUCCUCCUCCGCCGCCCCCACGAUGAGGGGCCAGCCGUCCUUGCUGCCGAGCGUGCGGAAGCAAUGGCUCGGGAAGCCGCUGCUGUACGGGAUCGGCUCCCUGUUGGUCAUGCCCCUGAGGACGUUGCACGGAGUAGGGCGUGUGUUUGGCGCAGGGAGGUUCCUCUGCAACAUGACCAGCGUCUCAUCAUCCCUGCAAAUCGAGCUUGUACCAUGCCUUCGAGAUAACUAUGCAUAUAUCCUGCAUGAUGUUGAUACUGGAACAGUUGGAGUGGUCGACCCUUCUGAGGCUAUGCCUAUUAUAAACGCAUUGGAAAAGAGAAAUCAGAACUUGACCUACAUACUGAACACCCAUCAUCACUAUGACCAUACUGGUGGAAACUUGGAACUGAAGGCAAAGUAUGGUGCAAAGGUUAUUGGUUCUGAAAAGGACAGGGAUAGAAUUCCUGGCAUUGACAUCACUCUUAAGGAGGGUGACACAUGGAUGUUUGCUGGUCAUCAAGUUCUUGUACUGGAAACUCCUGGGCAUACAUCAGGUCAUGUGUGCUAUUAUUUUGCUGGUUCUGGAGCCAUAUUUACAGGUGACACUUUGUUCAGUCUAUCAUGUGGAAAGCUUUUUGAAGGGACUCCACAGCAGAUGUAUUCCUCGCUUCAGAAAAUUAUAGCUCUGCCUGAUGAGACGAAAGUAUACUGUGGACAUGAAUAUACUUUGAGUAAUUCAAAAUUUGCCCUGAGUGUAGAACCAGGAAAUAAAGAAUUACAGGAAUACGCUGCAAAUGUAGCUGAGUUGCGCAAUAAGAAUAUACCUACGGUGCCAACAACAAUUGGGAUAGAAAAGCAGUGCAAUCCUUUCCUGCGGACCGCCAAUCCAGAAAUUAAGAGAACUCUGUCCAUUCCAGAUCAUUUCGAGGAAGACCGUGUGCUUGAAGUUGUGCGUCGAGCAAAAGAUAACUUCUGACUAACAAAAGGAAAUUCUCGUGACAUGACCAUCUUGUUAAAGUUCGGACAAAGAAACCCCCGAGACACAAGAAAUGUAGGAAAGAAAGGUAUAUAAGUUUGGGCUAGAUUUUGAAAUGGUUCGGCAAAAUUGUGUCGAGUGUAUGUAGCUUUGGCAGUGCUUUUCUAUAGCAGCCAGUGAUUUUUUUGUCUACUACAAAUGAACAUGUUCUGCUAUCAUCUACUCUGUAAAAAAAUGUGAGUUAGCUGUUCGAUAGUUAAUCUCAGUUCUUGCAGUUCAAUACGUUAUUUACUUUGCUGUAUUUGUUGUCUUGAACUCUUGAUGGUCUGUUUGACAAUGGUGAAUACUCGUUGAAUGUACU